AUGGCAAAUGCGAUCGUGAUGGCGCCCAUGGUUCCUACUAGUCUCACCAGCGAUAAACUUAAUGUCUUGCUUCAGCGAGCCAAGAGUCUCCAAUCUCAAGGAGCAACUGAGGAGAACAAUGUUGAAUAUGCUCAGAUCAUGGGCUUGUUGAAGAACUUGCAGAAUCAACAAAGGCAGGAUCGAAUGUCAGAAACCGCGCCUGUGGAACAAGGCCGAUCUAGAAACGUAGAUGCUACAGAUGCAGUGACCUUGAACCAGCAACAACUGGCAGCAUUGCGUUAUCAGAUCCUGGCAUACAAGUUGAUAUCAAAAAACAUGCCAUUACCUCAUCACCUUCAGCAAGCUCUUUUCAUGUCAUCAGAAAUGCAACGAGCUGAUAGCAGCAGCAGUACAUCGGAUGGCGUGGUGCCACAACAACAUGAUGACAUGUCGAGGAAUGGAACAGGUGUCUCGUCUACUGAUAGUGGACCCACAACGCCAGCUUCAGCUUCAUCCAUUACAGCAAAGGCUCUAGAUCAACCCAACAUGUCAUCAUCAUCAUCAUCACCAUCGCAACAACCGAACGCUUAUGCAUCACCUUACAACCUUGUCAAGAAACCAGUAUCUUCAACUGCUCAUGCUACACGACAACAUCGUCUCGUUAUUCCUAGUAUCACAUCGACAGGAAUGGAUCCUCAUAGCAUGAUCACUGAACGUGAGCGUCGUAUCAAAACGCAUGUCCAAUACCGUAUCUCAGAGCUUGAAAAACUACCGAGUAACUUGAUUAUGAGUUCCCCUGACAUCGGCAGCAGCAGCAGCAGCAGUAGCGAUGAUACAACAAUGCAAUCCAAUAGCAAGUUGAAAGCUGUGAUCGAACUCAAGGCUUUACGUUUACUUAAUCGACAACGAAAGCUUCGACAAGAGAUUAUUGGUGGUUUGGAUAAAUCGACCAUGUUGGCAACUUCUGUGGAUCGACUUGCUUAUCGACGCAUGAAGAAGCAAUCAUUGAGAGAAGCUCGCAUGACAGAAAAAUUGGAACGUCAGCAGCGUAUUGAACGUGAUCAACGUGAACGACAAAGCCGCCUUGAAUCUUUGCAAAAAGUGUGCGAUCAUGGUCGCAACUUGUUGGCCACUCGACGUGCUUGGUUGGCAAAACAAUCCAAGUUGGGCCGUGCCGUAUUGCAAUAUCAUCAGCAUAUCCAAAAGGAAGAAGAAAAGAAGCAAGAGCGUAUCUCUCGUGAACGUAUUCGUGCUCUCAAGAAUGAUGACGAAGAAGCCUACAUGAAACUCAUUGAUGAAGCCAAGGAUACUCGUCUCACCCAAUUGUUGCGUCAAACGGGCGUCUUUUUGGAAUCGCUUACCAAGUCAGUGGUGGAGCAACAGCAUGAGAUUGUCCAAUUAGGCGAAUACACACCCCUACCACAGGAAACAGUAGAUGAGGAUGACACCGAAGAGGGUGAGAGCAAGGUGGAUUACUUCCAAGUGACUCAUCGCAUCAAGGAGGAAGUUUCUCAGCCAACGAUUUUGAAGGGUGGUACCUUGAAGGAAUAUCAGCUCAAAGGCUUGCAAUGGAUGGUGUCUUUGUACAACAACAAUUUGAAUGGCAUCUUGGCAGAUGAAAUGGGUCUCGGCAAGACAAUUCAAACCAUCAGCUUGAUCACCUACAUCAUUGAAAAGAAAAAGCAAAAUGGACCCUUCCUUAUUGUUGUGCCUCUUUCAACAUUGACCAACUGGGCCUUGGAAUUCUCAAAGUGGGCUCCAGAUGUCAAGACCGUUGUAUACAAGGGACCCCCCAAUGUUCGAAAGGCGUUGCAAGCGGAUAUCCGUUUCGGUGAAUUCCAGGUGCUUCUUACGACCUUUGAGUACAUCAUCAAGGAUCGCCCUAUUCUUAGCAAGAUCCGUUGGUUGCAUUUGAUUAUUGAUGAAGGUCACCGCAUGAAGAACACCAACUCGAGACUUGUCCAAGUGCUUCGCCAAUUUUAUCAUACUCGCUAUAGACUCAUUUUGACCGGUACACCGCUUCAGAACAAUCUUCCAGAAUUGUGGGCUUUGCUCAACUUUAUUUUGCCAAAGAUUUUCAAGAGUGUCAAGAGCUUCGAGGAAUGGUUCAAUACUCCUUUCAAUAAUCAAGGCGUACAAGAUCGUAUUUCUCUGAAUGAAGAAGAACAAUUGCUGAUUAUCAAGCGUCUUCACAAGGUGUUGCGACCUUUCUUGCUACGUCGUCUCAAGAAGGAUGUUGAAUCCGAGUUACCAGAUAAGGUGGAGCGUGUCAUCAAGUGCAAGUUGUCAGCCCUCCAAACCAAGCUAUAUUCUCAAAUGAAGAAGUCUGGCAUCUUGUACACUGCAUCCGGCGAAAAGGGUAAAACGGGCAUUAAGGGCUUGAACAACACCAUCAUGCAACUCCGCAAAAUCUGCAACCAUCCAUUUGUGUUUGAAGAGGUGGAGAACGAGGUGAACCCGCAUCAACAAUCCGAUGAUUUGCUUUUCCGUGUCUCCGGCAAGUUUGAACUGUUGGAUCGCAUGCUACCUAAAUUGAAGGCCACAGGCCACAGAGUCUUGAUUUUCUUCCAAAUGACGCAAAUUAUGACCAUCAUGGAAGAUUAUCUUCAUUAUCGUGGGUUCCAAUACCUGCGCUUGGAUGGCUCAACUAAGGCUGAUGAUCGAUCCGAUUUGUUGCACAAGUUCAAUGCACCCGAUUCCCCCUAUUUCGUCUUUUUGUUGAGUACUCGAGCUGGUGGUCUUGGUUUGAACCUGCAAGCAGCCGAUACGGUCAUCAUCUUUGAUUCGGACUGGAAUCCACAUCAGGAUUUGCAGGCUCAGGAUCGUGCCCAUCGUAUCGGUCAAACCAAGGAAGUGCGCAUUUUCCGAUUGAUCUCUACCAAUUCGAUCGAAGAAAACAUUCUUGCUCGAGCCAACUACAAGCUUGAUAUUGAUGGCAAGGUUAUCCAGGCUGGUAAAUUCGACAAUCGGAGUACAGAGGAGGACCGUGAAGCAUUCCUGCGCUCUCUCUUGGAAGAUAAAACGGAUGAACAAGCUGAGGAAGAUGAUGAAGAAGUGGAUGAUGAAGAAUUGAAUGAAAUCAUCAAACGAGGCGAUGAAGACUUGGUGGUUUUCAACAAGAUGGAUAUGGAACGACGUCGUGAAGAAAAUGAAUUCCGUCGACGUGCACGUGCUCAAGGCGAGAAAUGGGAACGUCUUAUCCAAGAAGAAGAGUUGCCUGAAAUUUAUCAACACGAUGAGGUGCCAGCCGACGAUGAGAGUCCAUCACUUGAAAUGGGACGUGGGCAACGUUCACGUGAUCGCGUGCGUUAUGAUGAUGGAUUGACAGAAGAACAAUGGUUAAAUGCUUUGGAAGAUGAUAACGUUGAUUUGGACGACUUGAUUGCAAAGAAAGAAGCCAGACGACGAAGGAGAUUGGAGAAGCUUAAAGCAAAACAGGCUGGCCUGUUGGAUACUGAAUCAAACUCAAGCCCAAGACGUGGUCGUCGUCCCAAUGCCCCUGAUGUUUCAUCAUCCACCGAGAACAAUACACCAAGAAAACGAGGUCGACCAAGACGUGUUGACACUGAGGCACAACAACAACAACCACGUUCAUACAAGCGGAUAAAGAAAGAACCAGAGCUCGAUGGACCUGAUACACUACCAGAAGACAAGCGAGCUGAAAUAACACGCAUAUUCAACGAAUGUAUCAAGGUCGUCGAGGAAGCAACCGAAAUAGAUGAAGAUGGUGAUGAGCGAUUGAGAUGUGAACUCUUCAUGGACCUUGUCAGCAAGAGAGAGUACCCAACGUAUUAUGAUAUGAUCAAGAACCCGAUGUCAAUGAACAUGAUCAAACGAAGAGUGAAUUCUCCUUAUUACAAGACCGUUGAGCAAUUCCGCGAUGAUUUCAUUCUCAUGUGUGACAAUGCACGCACUUUUAACGAGGAAGGUUCCUUUGUUUAUGAGGAUGCCAACAUUAUGCAGAAAAUGUUCUUGGACAAAUUGAAAGACUUGUAUCCUCAAAUCGAUAGCCUAUCAUCAUAG